GUACCAGUCUCUGAUCUUCACAGUUCUUUACGAAUGACGUAAGGAGAUUAGUCUUUCUUGUCAGUGUCACUCACAAAAGUGAAUUUUUUCUUCUUCAACUACGAGUGAUCUUUGUGUCUUCGAUUAGUGCCGAACGUGGUCAACAAAUUAUUUCCUACUGAGGGUACUGUUCCAGACCAUUCAUUAAGGGUUGAAUCGAAAAGCGAAAUUCUUAAAUUCCUGUGACAUAAUGUGGUUAAUAACAAUUUCGUUGAUUGCUGCGAGUUUUGUUGGGGAAAUCAAUGGAGGACCCAUGGAUAAAAUGGCAGUUACAGUGAAAGAUAGAACACUUUUCAUCAGAAGUUUACCUGGUUAUCCAGGUGGAAGAAGCAAUUUGUAUGAAGUUUACAUGGAGCCUUAUCUUUUCCCAAUUGGAUUGAGGGCUAUCGUAGAAUUAAAAUCUUUGGGAGAAGAUGGAAACCCUGUUGAUGGUGCUCGUGGAAUUCUCACUUUAGAACAAUUACCAAAUGGUGUUAGAAUCACAGGAACAAUUAAGGGCCUGGCUCCAGGACUUCAUGGUUUCCACGUCCAUGAAAAAGGAGAUUUAACAAAGGGUUGUGCAUCUGCUGGAGCACAUUUUAAUCCAUACAUGGUCGCACAUGGUGCACCCAGCGAUCCACUACGCCAUGUUGGUGACCUGGGCAAUAUUCAAGUGGGCGAGGAUGGAGUGGCGCAGGUCGAUGGAACUGAUCAUUAUUUGACCCUGAUGGGUGUCCGUGGUGCCAUUGGAAGAGCACUAGUGAUACAUGAAAAAGAAGAUGAUCUGGGACGUGGAAGAACUGAAGACAGUCUCAAAACCGGAUCAGCUGGUGCACGUGUUGCCUGUGGUGUGGUUGGAUUUACUUAGUAUUAAACAAAUAAAAAUAUGAGAAAUAUAGUA